GCUAAGAGUGUAUGAGUGCAUCUUUAAGGAUUGCAGCCACACUCUAGUUCCACCAGGUUUUGUCUCCCCAGCAGUCAUGAUCCUAAGUAUUGCCCUCAUUUGGGCCAUAGUAGUUGGGCUCUGUUGUUGUCUUUGGCUUAUCACAGGAAUACGCAGAAGACAGCCUGGGGAGCCUCCAGUAGAAAAUGGCUGGAUCCCUUACCUUGGCUGUGCUCUUCAGUUUGGCGCAAACCCUUUGGAGUUUCUUCGCAGCAGACAGAAGAAAUAUGGUCACAUUUUUACAUGCAAGAUCGCUGGGCAGUAUGUUCAUUUUCUUUGUGAUCCAUUCUCCUACCACGCCGUCAUCCGCCAAGGAAGGCAUCUUGACUGGAAGAAAUUUCACUUUGAUGCCUCUGCAAAGGCAUUUGGUCACGAGAGCAUGGAUCCCAGCCACGGUUACACCACUGAAAAUCUGCAUCAGACAUUCCUAAAGACCCUGCAAGGGGAUGCCUUGUCUUCUCUUAUUGAGACCAUGAUGGAAAACCUUCAGAGCACCAUGUUGCAGUCAGGCAUGCUGAAGGCUGAAACUUCCAAGUGGCAGAGCGAUGGUAUUUUUGCCUUCUGCUACAAGAUCAUGUUUGAAGCAGGCUACCUGACCCUCUUUGGAAAGGAAUUGGAUGGGGACCAGAGCAUUGCACGUCAGCAAGCCCAAAAAGCUCUGGUGCUUAAUGCUCUGGAGAACUUUAAAGAAUUUGAUAAGAUCUUUCCUGCUCUGAUCGCUGGUCUCCCCAUUCACGUUUUCAAGAGUGCCUACAGUGCUCGCGAGAACCUCGCCAAGACUAUGCUCCACGAGAACCUCAGCAAGCGUACCAAUGUGUCUGACCUCGUAUCCUUGCGCAUGCUCUUGAAUGACACAUUAUCUUCCUUCAAUGAGCUGAGCAAAGCCAGGACCCAUGUGGCCAUACUGUGGGCUUCACAAGCCAACACUUUGCCUGCAACCUUCUGGACCCUGUUCUAUAUGAUCAGGUGCCCUGCGGCCAUGAAAGCUGCUAGCGAGGAAGUGAGGCAAAUGUUUGAAAGUUCUUAUCAGAAAGUAGAUCCAACUAAUUCUAGACUUGUACUAACAAGAGAACAGUUGGACAACAUGCCAGUUCUAGACAGUAUCAUUAAAGAGGCGAUGAGACUGUCCAGUGCGUCCCUGAAUGUGAGAAUGGCCAAGAGUGAUUUCCUUCUUCACCUGGACAACAAAGAGUCUUACCACAUCCGCAAAGAUGAUGUAAUAGCUCUGUACCCUCCGAUGAUCCACUUUGAUCCUGAGAUCUAUGACGAUCCUCUGACAUACAAGUAUGAUAGAUACCUUGAUGAGAAUGGGCAGGAGAAGACCAGCUUUUACAGAAACGGACGCAAACUUCGUUACUACUACAUGCCUUUCGGCUCUGGGGUGACCAAGUGUCCGGGCCGUUUCUUUGCUGUGCACGAGAUUAAGCAGUUUCUGUCUCUUUUACUAGCAUACUUUGAGAUGGAACUUUUGGACUCUGAUGUGAAAGAACCACCGUUGGACCAGUCUCGUGCUGGACUGGGUGUUUUGCAGCCCACCUAUGAUGUUGACUUUAGAUAUAGACUCAAAUCUCACUAAGGAUCUCACACUUAUUUAUUGACUGUUGACAAACUGUAAAUAAUGUAUAUUUUGCGUCAUGUCCAAGUAGACAAAUGUGUUCUUUCUAUUCAACUUGAUUAGAGAGACAUUUUAGGAAGUUUGAAAGGAACUUUAGAGCUCUCCUUUUAAAAUUUUCAGUAACAUUUACUGCACUUAUGCUAUGUGUAUUCAUAGUAUUCUUCUCAGUAGGCCUACUUAAACUACUAUCUGGCAGUAUUCAAAAUAUGAUAUUGUACAUUGCUUAGAAAAUGUAAUCACCCACAUCCUCUUUCGCCGGCUGCUCACCAUUUUUGUAAAAUGAUAUGUGCUUUGUGAAUUUUAUUUUGAAUAUACAUAGUGAUUUUUUACCAAAAA